AUUCCUCAGAAUGGCAUGUAUACGCAUCCGAUUUUCUCGAAAACCGGUAACUGGCCACAGUCUGUUAUAAAAAUAGUAGACGAAAGAAGUAAAUUGUUGGGAUAUCCUUACUCUCUUCUCCCUGAGUUUACUAAAGAAGAAAUAGAAUUUAUAAAAGAUACUUACGACUUCUUCGGAAUGAAUUACUACAUUUCAAAGUCAAUAAGGAAGUCCCUGGUAAACGAACAUAUACCGUUGUGGCCUCUUGAGGGAGUACCGAUAUUGGGAGCCAUUUUGGAAAGUCAACCCACUUGGACGAGUGGAGCUACGAAGUGGUUUUCGGCCCAUCCACCAGGCCUUCGUAAAGUCCUGAACUGGAUCAGACAUAAUUACGGUGAUCAGGAAAUAUAUAUAAUGGAAAACGGAUACGCGACCGCCGAUACUGAGCUGGAAGAUUUUGACAGGAUCAGUUACUUGAAGGAUCAUUUGGAGCAGGUUCUGUUAGCCAUGAAGGAUGGAGUCAACGUUACCCGUUACACAAUUUGGUCCUUAAUGGAUAAUUUUGAAUGGUCAGAUGGUUAUACGAUAAAGUUUGGCCUGUAUGAAGUGGACUUUUCGAGUCCAGAGCGAACACGCACUCCGAGGAAAUCAGCGGAAUACUACAAGAAUAUUAUCGAGACCCAUUCCUUGUCUGAUUUCUACGUUAAAAAUGAAUUAUAAUUUAUUUUAUUUAUU